AUGCGGAAUCUCUUAACAUUUUCAGUGCUAUUUGCUCUGAACUUAGCACAGGCAUUUGCAUGGAAUCCUCAUGAGAUAUUUAGGGGCGUGCAACAACUUUCCAACCACACGACCUACACUCAUCGACUUCUGAUAAAUCAACCGGCGUACAUUCCUUGUUUUAAGUCUACAGAUUCCCUCGGCAAUCAAUCUUCUACUAUUUACUGGAGUCAUAGAGGAUUUAGAUUGGACAGAGAUAGUUCAUUUAUCUCAGCUCUUUGGGAUCUCAAUGGGACACUUAUGAUUUACCAUGUUCUCCCAAGAAAAAUUUACCUCUGGUGUCACUACCAGACCGAUUCAGUAUCUAAGAUCUUUAUCCACCACCUCGAAUUCGUCUCAUCACCUUUCGUUCAAGUUAUCUAUGCUGUAGAAAUGAACGCCAACUUCACAGCUGAGACUGAAAAAAUACUUGAUGAUUUUUAUGUUCGGCAAAUGAAAAAUUGUAUCAUCCAAUCAGAUGAAAGUGGAAUAGUUGUACUGGAGGGAAUUUACGGAAUCGAGUUUGAGAAGGAUGCCGUUCAAAAGACGGCGGUCCUCGAAGCCAUUCGAAGGACCUGUGAAACCCAACUCGAUUGUACGGGUGUCAGUUUGGAUUUCUUUAGUUGUUACAUUAACUCUGGUCCCGGAACAGCUUUCUACUCAAUUGAUUUCAGUACCACGCAUAAUGUGGAAAUGGGUAUAUUUAUUGAAACAAAUUUUACAGACUUCUUUGAGCAAAUUAAUCAGACGGUAACAGAAAUAGAGAAGGAGAUAGAAUUUUCUAAGGGAAGGAUAUUAUCCUCAGGUUUCGAAAACAUUCCCAGAACUUCGAUUGACCUUAACAUAAAUAUUAAACACAGAAUGGUUAAGAUAUGUCUCGGUGUGGCAGGCAGACUAAAUAUCGAAGGAAAAUUGGAAUGUGGUUAG